GGAGAGUGGAAGUUGAAAUGGUCAGCAAUUGGACUUUCCUCAGCCUUUGAACCACAGUUCCGAUGACCAAAGACCGGUCUUAAUGCUAUUUUUCUCCGUCAAACUUUUCUCUUUCAGCUCCUUUCUCCUUCCCUCUUUUCUUCAUUCAAAACGAGGGUUUACCUUAAAACCCACACCACCUUCUCUCGUUCCUCAGCUUCUCAAUCUUAUAUCUUUGCAGUUUCAAAAACCCACGAACCUCAGAUCAUUAUAAUCAUGUUCUGUUAUAGUUUCCCCUUUUUCAGUUGAUCCAUUUCCUUCAUCAUUUGUCUCCAUAAUUUAGUAAUUUAGUACUUGAAUUCCUCGUAUUGGCUUCUCAUCUUAUACUUGCUAUUUCCUAUCAUUAUACGAUCUCUCGUGAUUAUAUGAGCUAGAAAAUUAGUAACCCACUGCAACAGUCAGCCUAGCUUGAUUACUUGAUCAAACCAUUGGAGUAGAGCUUAAUUUCUGAGUUAUAUUCAACUUGUAAAUGGAUAAUAUGGGGGACUGGGAGCAAACAAAGAAUCUUGUAAACGAGCUAACGCUAGGGAGAGAGCUAGCAAGGCAGCUCCAAAUCCAUCUCAACGUGCCAUCUUCUUCGCGAGAAACCCGUGAAGUGUUGGUCCAGAAAAUCCUUGCUUCCUUUGAAAAGUCACUUUCGGUGCUAAAUUUGAGCAGCUCAAUAAGAGAGACGAAUCCCACUGGAUUUGCCAUUGGGAUGUCUGAGUCGCCGCCUUCUCUAAGUGGAAGUCCCCGGAGUGAAGACUCCGACAGGGACUUCAAGGACCACGACCCUAAAGAUGGGUCUAGGAAGAGGAAGGGCACGCCAAGGUGGACACAGCAAGUGCGAGUUAACCCAGGGAUGGGACUAGAAGGGCCUCUUGAUGAUGGCUUUAGCUGGAGAAAGUAUGGGCAGAAAGACAUCCUUGGAGCUAAAUAUCCAAGGGGCUAUUAUAGAUGCACUCAUCGAAUUGUCCAAGGCUGUUUAGCAACAAAGCAAGUGCAACGAUCCGACGAAGACCCUACCAUCUUCGAGAUUACCUACCGAGGAAGGCACACAUGCAACCAAGCAUCCCAUAUGCUCCCUCCUUCACAGCCACUCGAGAAUCAAGAGCCAAACAGUGGCAUGGAGCAGCCCCAGCAACAGCAAGAAAAUCAACAGCAAUCUCAAGAUCUCUUAAAUAUUCGUUCAGGACUUAAAGUCAUAACCGAAGGAUUGGACUCGCACGAGCAAUCAGUUCCUCCUUCCCACUUUCUUUCUGGAUCAAAUUUUAAGGCAGAAAAUCAAGUGUUUUCACCUCCUACUGUUGAUAAGAGCUUCAAGGGGAUUUAUUCUCAAUCUAAUUUCAUAUCUCCUACGACGUCUGGGAAGAGCUAUUUCUCUGCUUCUUCAUCUGGGAUGCAGCAUUACUUGGGAGGGAAUCAGAAUUUUCAGACUUCUGAAUUUGAGCUGAAUGACAUAAUCUCUGCUGCUACUUCAACUACAGACUCUCCUACAGUUGGUUUGGAUUUCCCAUUUGGCAAUGUAGAAUUUGAUCCAAACUUCACAUUCGACAACUCAGGAUUCCUUCCCUAGUGUAGACAGCAGAAGCAUCUGCUCUGAUCAGCAAUCGCACUCCGUCACUUGCACUAUAUUACUAAUUAAUUAAGAUACAGUCGUGUUAAUUUGUAGGCAUAGAAAAUUUUGCUUAACGUGUUUCAUUUACAAGUAUUUUCACCCCUUAAAUCAUUAAUUAUUGUCUUGUGUUUCAUGCAAAUAAUAAUUGUAUUAUAAAAUUUCUCAAUUGUAUUUGUUUUUGUAUUUUUAUCUUGUAAGCAGGUGAAAACCUAAUAUAUAUAUAAUUGUAUUUGUAAUUCUUGUAAAUUUUCUCUUGCACUGUAUCUUUUUC